ACGUUGCACAAGAUUAAAAAAAAUCAUUAAAAAUGUAAUGUACUGCGUAGUGUAAUUCUAUUCAUGAAUGAGUUUAGACGUAUUUUGAUGCGAUGUCCCUAUGGUGGUUUAUUUUGAUCCUGCAGUUUGUAGAUCGGAACAAUGGUUUUGAUCUUGUGCGACUCACAGACCUAGAGGCAGACACCGGAAGUUACACUGUAGAGAUUCACUAUGAUCAGAAAUGGCGCACACUCUGUGGAUGGCAUUGGUCUUCCGCCAACGCACGUGUCGUCUGCAGGCAAACAGGGCAACCAUCGACUCGAUGUAUGGCAGAAUUGCGAACGGUCGAAGAUCUCGUGGAGGAAGCAGAGUCUGUUCAAAUGAAUUACCGAUGUAUGGGAAACGAAACAGCUCUUCACAGGUGUCCCUAUGACUUUGAAAAGGCAUAUCCUUCCUUUGGUUUUGGAAAACAUGAUUGCGGCAGAGAGCCUCGGUUUGCUGUUAUUUGUGGUUCACAGUGUCCUGUCUGGCAUUAUGGCGAGGACUGUCUUCCUUGCCCUUGCAAUCAGAACAAUACGGAGAAAUGUGACGAUAAAUCAGGAAAAUGCACGUGUAAAGCCGGCUUUUCUGGGGAGACUUGUGACUGUCAGGAUGGAAAACAUAUUUGUAACCCUACAACCUCGUUUUGCCAUAUGGACAACGGAAACCCAGUGUGUCUUUGCAAAAAAGGAGUAACAUCAACGUCACAGAAUAAAUGCAAUGAGUUUGGUUUACGGUUCGUGGAUAGAUCUGCCAACGACAGUGGGGAGGUGGAGUUUUACACAAAUGGGACGUGGAAUACUUUGUGCAUAAGCACUAGAUCCGGAGGAUCUCAGGAUACUUUUAUUGUAAAUGUCAUUUGCAGACAACUUGGUCUACCAACGAUACACCCAAGUGGAUAUUUUGCCAAAUAUAUUCCCAAAACUCAGCUGCCAGAUUACCAGAUUAAGAAGUCUUCUUGUGACGGAACAGAGACCUCUGUAACAGACUGUAAAAUAAGCAUGGUUCCUUCAUUGAAUUGUAACGCUGCAGUAGGAAUACGGUGCGCAUCAGAGUGCCCACAAUGGAGAUAUGGAACAGACUGCAUUGUUUGUUCCUGUAACAAAACGAAUUCAAAGAGCUGCGAUCCUUCAACAGGAGAAUGUAAAUGUAAAUCAGGAUUCACUGGCGCCACUUGUGAAUGCUUACAGGGAAACAACCCCUGCAAUGAAACAAUCUCAGACUGUCAUGCACAAACAGGACAACCAAUCUGUCUUUGCAAAUCAGGAUUCAUUCGCAGAAAUCUUAGUUGUACAGAUCCGAUACGACUUGAAAAUCAAACCAUGUCCAUAACAGGCAGUGGAAGUAAAAUUUAUGAGGGAAGAGUUGGACUUUAUGUUAACGGCAGCUGGGGGACAAUUUGUGGUGAAAACGGCUAUUCUGGGAAUAAGAUCGCCAACGUUCUGUGUAGAAAUCUGGGUCUACCAAGCACCUACGCUGAAAGUGUACUGGAUGCGAAUUAUCGUCGAGGCACAGGUCCAGUACAUUAUGGUUUUAUACACUGCAGAGGAACAGAGGAGUCGGCCACACGGUGUCGCAUUAUAGUGACGUCAUACUGUGGUCAUCGUGACGAUCUGGGUAUCAAAUGUGGAGAGGAAUGUCCCGAUUUCAAAUUCGGAAGCGAUUGUCUGAGCUGUCAGUGCGUCCGUUCAAACACACAGUUUUGUAACAAGACGUCUGGGGAGUGUGUUUGUAAAGAUGGCUAUGAGGGACAGACAUGUUCAUGUGAGAAAGGCAAACAUACGUGUGAUCUGCAAACGUCCGUCUGUGAAAAUAACAUGUGUUAUUGCAAGUUUGAGAACAACGAAACAAAAUCAUCUUGUUUUGAGAGGCUUCGACUGAACGUGAAAAAUGAAAGUGUUUUACAGUACCAUACGAAUAACAAGUGGAAUAAUGUAUGUAGUGACUCUCUGCAUCCAUUGGCUGACGAGAUUCUCUGUCGUGCGUUGCACCAACCAACGGCUUUUCCAGAGCGCACAGUGGAAUACACAGUACAAAAAGGCUACAAGUUAAAAGUUGAUAAAAGGUGCCUAGAUUCAUUCCAUACGCCGAGGGCUGAAUGUAUGGUAUUUUCUACCACAUUAUAUGAUUGUUACGACGGGAUCUUGUUUCUACGGUGCUUAAAAGAAAACCCAUAUUGGACGUAUCGUGAAGGCGAUGAAAGCGCAGAAUGUCCAUGCAACAGGACGAACACUGAACGUUGUGACAAGACUGGGAAAUGUAUCUGUAAAUCAGGAUACGAGGGGGCGCUUUGUAACUGUGUGAAGAAUACCUGUAACACCGCCGUGGCAUUUUGUCAAAACAAUCAGAACGGAACCAAAUGCUUGUGCAAACCAGGCUACGAAAACCGAGGGUAUAAUUGUGAAGAUUCCCUGAGAAUGAACACGAGCAAUCCAACACUACGAAGUUUUAAGAGAAUAGAGUAUAAAGUUGGUAGUUCCUGGGUUCCUGUUAAAGGCAAUAGAUAUUCCUCAAUUACUACAAUGUGUGAAAUACUAGGACUACCGACGUUUUACAAUAGAAUGUCCACAGACAUCAGUUCACAAUAUGCAAAGGUAGUAAAUCCUGAAUGUGCCAGAGAUGUGCAUAUUGGAAUGAGUCUCAAUUAUACGAAGUGUUUAAAACACUCCCCGUAUUCGACAGCAGUAGAAACUGCUUUAUGUUCAAACGAUUGCCCCAGCAUGAUGUUUUACAAUACCACAUCUUUUGAGUGUGUACAGUGUAGCUGUAACAAGAACAACACCGUUUCCUGUAACCAGACGACAGGGGAGUGCAACUGUAAGGCAGGGUUUUUCGGACCGUCAUGUGACUGCAUCCAAAACCUACACAACUGUAACAACACCUACUCCUACUGCUCCUUCCAAGGAAGCGCACCUACCUGUACUUGUCGUCUUGGGUUUUACGGGAAAAAUUUGGGCUGUUUUGAGCCUUUGCGAUUUAUCAGAGACACUGGUAUUUUGGAAUUGUAUCACCAAGGAGAAUGGAUGCUGAUUGCAUCUAGCUAUGUUUGGGAUGAUGUAUCAAAAGUAAUCUGCAGCCAGCUGGGCUUACCAACGUUUUAUGUGGAAACAACAUCAAAAUAUCGGAAGAACACAGGAUUGAUGUACAAUGAUUAUAAAAAUAAGAAAAAGAUAACUUCUUUAUCCUGUACGCAAGGCGAUAGGGAAAUAUCACAGUGCAGUUUCAGUACAUCCACAUAUAUUUCUAGCUACACAUCGUUUGGAAUUGUACAGUGCAGAGCAGAUUGUCCAGAUUUUCUGUAUGGUCCAACGUGCAAGAGAUGUGAAUGCAACCAGCAGUACUCCAGAUACUGCAAUAAAACUACAGGAGAAUGCGUAUGCAAAUCCGGCUACUCUGGUGACACGUGUGACUGUGUACAGGGAUCUCAUUUCUGUAACGCCACCUUCGCGUUUUGUGGACUACCAACUCCAUCCUGUUACUGUAGGGAUCAGUACAAUAGGCGUGGACUAGUGUGUCAGGAUUCACUUCGAUUUUAUAUGAAUGCUACUGGGACGGAGGGAAUCCUUCAGAUCUACAGGAAUCAGUCCUGGAACACAUUCUGUGACGACUCGUUUACAAGAAGUGAUGCACUUGUUGCAUGUAGACAACUUAGACUUCCAAAUCGAUACGUACGAUUCGCAACCAGGCAGGACAGCCAAAGAAUACCAAACACUAAUGGGAUAGGAAUGGUGCACAGUUUGCAAUGCAUUGGAAACGAAACAAGUCUUUCUGAUUGUCAGAGGUUCAGCACACAUGGAUCGUCGUGCUAUCACAGUGAAGAUAUUUACCUUCAGUGUUUUUCUGAAUGUCCAAAGUGGACCUACGGAGAUUAUUGCGAAGACCAGUGCCUGUGUAACAAAACCAAUAGCUUGUCUUGUCACGAAGACACUGGGAAAUGUUCGUGUAAAGCAGGGUAUUUUGGCGACUACUGUAACUGUAUAGCAGGCGUACACAAUUGUGACACAACGACAUCAAUAUGCCACACCAACUCCAGCGGAAAUGCAGUGUGUCUCUGCAAAGAUGGGGUUUUUAGCGGACAGAGUAAUAAGUGUUUCAGUCUAUAUGUUCGUGUAAUCAACCAAACAUCUUCAAAUGAGGCAGUUGUUGAGAUAUACAGCCGUGGAAUUUGGGGAGGGAUAUGUAAAAAUGGAUUGACUAAAUUGGAUGUUCAAGUUGCGUGUCGCCAAUUUGGUUUACCAUCUAACUAUGCACAGAUCAGUAGAAAUACAAACACCAUGCGCAAUGGCUACUUUCAAUGGACUGAUAUAAAUUGCAAUGGAACAGAGAAAAGUCUUCUAGAUUGUGAAAGACGGCAUGUCAGUCAAAGAUAUUGCUCAAUCAGGCAGUCAGUAAUUAUUGCGUGUCCGACAGAUCGAUGGAUUCGAUUGAUAUCGACUCAAACGACAUCUACUGCUACCAGUGGAAUUCUUCAGAUUUACCAUAACAAUAGAUGGGGUUAUAUUUGUGAAUCCGGCUUUGGUGUACCAGAUGCAAAGGUUGCUUGCCGAGAACUGGGUUUGCCAACGAAAUACGUUCAAGAAAAGUCUGGAACGAUGAGCGCCAGUAGUAGUGUGACACAUCUAAGAUACGUCAGCUGCAGUGGAGACGAAACAAGUUUGACUGAAUGUUCUGCUAGUAAUGGGAGUUCCUGUUACAGUUAUAGACGUAAAAGAGUAAAAAUAUCCUGCGGCAGUGCAUGCCCUUCUAUGAAAUAUGGCGACAACUGCCAGCGGGACUGUCUGUGUAAUAGAGUGACUACUGCCUCUUGUGAUCAGGAGACAGGACAAUGUGUGUGUAAGUCUGGAUAUACCGGGUUUUCCUGCGGAUGUACAGCUGGUUCUCAUAACUGUAACACCACCGUUUCUGAUUGCCAUGAGGAAUCAAAUAAAUUAAUUUGUGUGUGCAAGAAAGGUUUUACAAAUGCCCUCCAUGGCUGCACAGAAAAUGUUCGAUUAGAUCCCGACGGAUUUGUAAAGGUGUUCGACGUGAUCGGAUGGAAAGAUACAUGUAAAAACAGCUAUUGGAGUAAGAAAAAUGCUCAGGUACUCUGCCGCCAGCUCAAUCAAAGUGUGGAUGUUAUCUACUCAUCUUCAAACUAUAAAUAUCUAAAUUUUAAAACAUCCAUCACUUGUACCGGAAAAGAGGAUACACUGGCGGAUUGUUCAUACGGGAAAGUUUCAUCCUGCAGUUACAGGCCAAAAAUCAUGUGUGGAGAUUGUCCAGAUUGGAGGUAUUCCAGCGACUGUUCGGAAUACUGUGACUGUAAUAGGCAAUCGAGUUAUGAAUGUAAUGUGAAAAAUGGAAGCUGUCUAUGUCACAAAGGCUUUGUUGGAAAAGAUUGUAGUUGUCAUGAAUCAGUCACUUCAUGUGUCGGACAGAAUUCCAUUUGUAAAUUUGACAGAUGCGUUUGCAAAGAAGGAUCUUAUAAUCAAACAACAUCAUGUUUAGGUUUAACAGACGUCAUUUAUUUUUGCUCUUUCAACACGUAUUCAUGGCAGAGUACGUGCAGUAUUAAAACUGUGAAUUCACGAUGGUCGCGAAACACUUAUGUAAUCUCUUACACUACAUGGAGACCGAAGGCUGGGAGUGACGGUGUAAACUACCUCUUUGUGGAUACACGAUCUUAUUACCUAUCUGCUAGUUCUUAUUUCAAUGAGAUGAACAUUACAUUGGACAAGGAACGGAAGCAGUUCUGCCUUUAUUUCGACUACAUGCUUGAUGGGCGAGGAUCAAUAACUGUAUCAACAAUAGAUAAAAUGAACUCGGAAUCAACAGUGGUCACUUUAUCAGGGACACAGGGCAACUGGACCACGAAGUAUGCGGACAUCAAUGGAACACAACCUAUAAGUAAAAUAAAAAUCAGGAUGGAGGAGAGGACCGCCAUUGACAAGAUUCUUGCUGCAAGCUCUAAAUGCGUAUGCCCAGAUUGGACAUUUGGUCAAGAUUGUGACAAAUGUGCCUGUGUUCGGAUGCACACACAGUCUUGCGAUAGAACCCGCGGGACUUGUCAGUGUAAAGCAGGAUAUACAGGAGAGGCUUGUCAAUGUGAGGAUAACGGGAAACCUUGCUUACAUGAUAUUCGUUUGGUGAAUGGAAACACGACCAACAUGGGAAGGGUGGAGGUGGUCACAGACGGCAUUUGGUCUACAGUUUGUGAUGGAAACUGGGACGACAAUGAUGCCACAGUCGUCUGCAACCAUCUAGGAAAAGGAAAAUAUGGAAUUGCUGUGAAGAAUGCAGGAUUUGGAAAAGGCAUUGGACCAGUACAUGUUAAUAACGUUAAUUGUCGUGGAACCGAAAAAGACUUUUUGAAAUGUCCAUUCUCUCCAUCAUCGUGCAGCCAUUCUGAUGACGCAGGGGUCAUUUGUGUCAAUACAUCGAGUAUCAUUCGAUUACGUGAUGGCACCGACAAAACAAAUGGUCGUUUGGAGGUUAAAAUUCAGGGGAGCAGUUCAUGGGGUACAGUGUGCGAUGACGGGUUUAGAGAGGUGGAUGCACGGGUGGCGUGUCGACAGCUGGGACUACCCACACGAAAUGUUGAAGCAAAAUCAUCAGCAUAUUAUGGAUCCGGAUCGGGGGAAAUCCUUUUAGGCAAUCUUAAUUGCAAUGGGAAAGAAGCAUCUAUUCAAGCUUGCUCUGGUACUAAACACCCUGGUGGUUGCAGCCAUUAUGAAGACGCCGGUAUUUCCUGUUCGAAUGACUGUCCGAAGUUUACAUACGGAACAGAAUGUGACACGAAUUGUGUUUGCGAGCGAAGUAAUUCCGUAUCAUGUGACCAAGAUACUGGGGAGUGCAAAUGUAAGGCUGGGUGGACAGGAGCCCGUUGUACAUGCGGAAGUAGUAUGAAUUGUGACGAAAAUUCAUACUGUGACGGUUUCAAAUGUCUUUGUAACAAUGGGUUCUUCUUGAAACCAUCCAACUGUUCAGGUGGCACCGCUGUGUUGUAUUCCUGUUCAUUCGAAACAGACUUUCAAACGUGUUCUAUAAAAAAUUAUGGUAGAAUGAAGUGGACGAGAGAUAACCGUGGGACACCUAGCGAUGACACUGGUCCAUAUUCUGCAAAAGAGGGAAACUUCUAUGCUUAUACAGAAGCUUCAAGCAAAUCCCCUGGUGAUAAAGGAAUAAUGGAAAUUCCAGUUUCCAAAUCUAAUCUAACAAUGCAUGCAUGCUUCCAAUAUUAUUUUCAUAUGAGAGGAGAUAAUAUAGGCGAUUUGAAUGUAACAAUUGAAGAUAAAGUUGGAUCAGAAAUCGCCAGAUGGUCUAAGUCGGGACAUUUUGGUUCUCGUUGGGACAGAGGUUAUGUAUCUCUACCAGCUAAUACAGCUGUGAUAAAGAUAACGGGGAUAAGAGGCAAUGGGUAUCAGUCAGACAUUGCACUAGAUGACUUCAAAAUAUUGCAAGGACAUUGUGACUGUGAAGAUUGGAAAUAUGGAUUACUGUGUGAAAAAUCAUGCAACUGCAUUAGAGGUAACUCUAAAGGAUGUGACAGUCAAAGUGGAAGCUGUAUUUGUCAACCUGGUUGGAGUGGAAAUAAAUGCGAUUGUCAGAAGGCAAAGGACACAUGCGACAUUUCGUAUUCCUAUUGCCAUGGUGACCGAUGUGUUUGCAAAGAUGGCCAGUACACCACUGGUGUCACAUGCUCUGGUCUCAAAAACAUUACAUAUUUCUGUGCAUUCGAGUCAUCAGACAGUGUUGAUCGAUGCAAGAUUAAAUUGUUUCCAUUACAAUGGGUGGUAGAAGAGGAGUCUAUAAAUGAUGAGAGUCACGUGGACAUCAAUCGCUACCUAAUGACAAGACUCUCCGCUAGGAGGAAUGUGUACUCGUUCUCUCUACGAAAUAUAACUCUAAAGAGUGACAGCUGCCUUCAGGUGAAAUAUUUUUCCCGCGAUCCGACGAACCAGAUGAUACGAAUUCAGGUAGUAAAAGAUGAUCAUUUGAUAAAUAACAAGGUGUUUCAAGGAAGGGAUUGGUCAACUGCCCGUGUUUCGAUAAAAGCAGCAACAGGCAUCAAAAUUCAUUUUAUUGUGUAUGUCUACAACAGCCCACCUGUACUCAUUGAUGACAUCAUCAUCUUUGCUAGGGCUUGUGGUGCAUGCUCACAGUGGUAUUAUGGUUCAGAUUGUGAAAAAAUGUCCAAAUGCAACCGCACAAAUACACUUUCAUUUGACAACAAUGACCUUUGCAACUGCAAGAGAAAUUGGUAUGGUGAACGAUGUGAUUGUUCGAAGGCACAAAAUGACGCAUGUGUUAGAGAAGGAGAGGUCUGUAGGAGAAACAUCUGCACAUGCAAAGAUGGAUAUACCAGAGCCGGAACGGGCUGUAGAGAUAUCAAUGAAUGCAAAUUUAUGUGCAAGAGUCCUCUACAGAGAUGCACAAAUACGGAUGGAUCAUAUAGCUGUGAUUGUAAAAAGGGAAAUUUUGGAGAUGGGAGCAUUUGUUCAGACUCCAUCCUUGCCGUUACAAAUGGACUUCGUCCAAUGGAAGGCACGAUGAUGAUGUGGCGAGACAAUGCAUGGGGAGCGGUCUGUCAGUCAUUUGAUUUGUUUACAGCCAUGACAGCGUGUAAUACAAUUUUCCCUGAUAUAUAUGGCGUUCAUCUUGCUCAGAAAGGAGGCUAUAAAUCGCCUGAUGGUAUUGCGUUCAGCUCUAUAUCAUGUCCUCGUAAAAGAAAGGAUUUUGACCUCACCAAAUGCAGCGUUUCAGUUGAGCCCUGUGAUACAGAGAACGAUGCGAUGUAUCUAUCAUGUGGUGUAUGUGGAGGGAUAUACAAAUCGCAGUUUGGACUAGUGGAGCCCCCUGUAGAAGUACCAGCGAACACACUUUGUUACUUUUUAUUGACACCAUUCAAUGCGAAAUCAAUAAAUGCAACAUUCAUCUCCUUCUCAAUGUAUUCAAGUAACAAAACUCGAACAAAACGAUAUGAUCAGUCAUGCGAUGAAACAUAUAUUGAGAUAUUUGAUGGUCCAGAUACUGAAUCCCCUUUCCUAGGUCGACAUUGUACUAGCCGUCCAAGAUUCACCAUCAACUCGAAGGGAAAUUCGUUAUUUCUUAUUUACAGAACAUCAAGAAAUACUGCCAAGCACGAUUUUCAGAUGGUCUAUCGAACAGAGAAGAGUGUUGAAGAUCCUCAUGCACUUGGAGAACGCUGUAGCCACUCUAUGCAGUGUGUAGCAAACAACGCCUCUUGUAUUAGCAACAGAUGUUCAUGUCACAGAGAAUACUACAUGUUUGAUACAGUCACAUGCUCGGAAAAAAAAUCCUGGAAUUCUUCCUGCUCAAGAAGUGACGAAUGCAAAACUGGAUUUUGUGAUACUGAAAAAUCUCUGUGUAAUUGUCCAACCUAUUCAGAAAUUGACGUCCAGACUGACGAAUGCGUGGGCAGAACAGGAUCACAGCAACAGGACGAUAAUUCAGCAAAGUUGCUGGUACCCCUCCUUUUGAUUUUCUUCUUACUUAUCAUAACUGUGAUUGCAACUGUCAUCGUCGCUAAAAAGAAGGGAUAUUCAUGUAUCAUCUGGCGUCCCGGAAAUGAUGGUAUUUUCUCUUACUCCUAUUCGGAACUCAUGUCGGCAACAAAUCCUUUAUAUGGGUUCAACACAGAGGAAAAGAGUUCACAUCGAGGUUCUGUUAUAUCCAUUGAUUUCUCAGGAGAUAGUGAAAAUCACAGAAUACGUCUCAGUAAUUUUGUGGAAAUCUAUGGGAACAUGCGUGAUCGUGAAAGAUGGGCGGAGGAAGAAUUUAAGAAUAUCCUGCAGUCCAGUAAACAGGGUUCAACUGACAUAGGAGCAGCCUCACAAAACAAACAUAAAAACAGAAAUAGAGACAUCUUACCAUAUGACUACAACCGCUUGAGAGAAUCUGGAACAACCAGUGUUGCAGACUACAUCAACGCAAGUGUGAUAGAGGGUCUGCACAGCCAUUAUCCCUACUAUAUCGUGACACAGUAUCCCCUCGUAUCCACACAGAAUGACUUCUGGAGAAUGGUGUGGAAGCAAAGAGUCUCUUCUGUUAUUGGACUUGUCUCCAGCAAUGAAAAGGAAAUUUACUUUCCAACGAAAACGGGUAUGAUCAGGUCUUUUGGCGACAUCAAGGUGCAAACAUUGUCAACAUUAACAGUCCAUAGGUGUACGUUCCGGUGUUUGAAAAUUGUAAAGGGCGCAAAGAGUCACACAGUGAAUCAUUUUCAGUCGGCAUUCCUUUCCAAUUUCACCAAAGAUGAGUGUGCCGACCUAGUGAAUCUUAUAAAUCUUGUACAUUCCAAUGCAGAAGAUGGAUACGACAGUAGACCAAUGGUCAUACAUUGUUUGAAUGGAAUUGGUAAAUCGGGAUUAUUUGUCGCCAUGGAUUACCUCCUCCAGCUCAUUAACAAUGGAGAUACUCAUGUCGAUAUUUUCAAGCUGACGCAAAUACUCAUCAACAAUCGAGAGAAAUUAAUAGAGAAUGAGACCCAAUACCAGUUCCUGCACGAGUGUGUAGAGUUUUACUUGGGGCACAGUGAACCGAAAGAACCUCAGAAAGUUUCCUCGGCCACGGUAGAAGAUGAUGGUGAUUGCUUACUGUGUUUAUCUCUUUACUUUCAUUAUCUGGGUGUUGUAAACAUACCCACAUGUUUUGUACCUAUGAACAAACCGAAUUUUCCUUUUCGCUAUCAGUAAUAAAUAAUUUUAAAGAUAAAAAUACCUUACAAUUUAAGUCAAUUUUUUUUUAUAAUAUUAGCAUUUGAUUUGAUGACAUUCAUGUUAAUAAGUUUUUAAGAAUUUCAUUCUUCAAAUACUCACAAACUGGGUGGUGACUGAGCAUCUAUGAUAGAUAAAGCAACAAUCGAAGUAUUAAUUCCUGUACACCUCUUUAAAUUGAUUGUUUUAAUCAAAUGUGGUAUAUAUAAAACAUCGUCAUUUUAAGUGUUGUCAUUUACUGCUCUAGAUAAAAGUAGAAAUGUGAUAUUUUAAACGUUAUUUUUACAUAGAUACUGCGCUGAUAGAACUUUCACCGACAGACAAGAGGACAUUUUUCUCCAGAAAUUAAGGAGUGUCUUCCGUGACCAAUAGACGAGACAGCUAUUUCCGCAUCAUGUCGUCCCACAGGAAGUUGAGUUUAACUGUGGUGGAUGAGGUCAUCACUUAGCAAUUGAGCUUAUUGAUAGUAAUUCCGCAAACAACUAAAUACAUUUAUGAAUGGACUUAAUUCUCACCUAAUGUUUUUUUUUUUUUAUCAUUUAGGAACAAAGUUUCCUUUAUUUUUAUGAAAAGCAUAGCAAUAUCUAGAAAUCCAUUGAUGAUUUAAGAUUUUACCUUAUUGAGUACGAAUUUAAAAAAAUCAACACAAUAAAUACAUUUAUUGUUCAUCCAUAGAAAACUAGUGUAUUCAUCAUAUUACAUGCUAUAGCAUUCAUAUAUACUUAGCAGCUUUUAUAGCCAUUGUAUAUGCAGAUUUAUGUACAUCAAAUAUAUUCACCUUAUAUUUUGUGUAUGUUACCUUUGAGUUUAAAUUUAACAAUUUACCCUAUGCCGAUUAAAAUCAAGCAUUACU